CUGUUACGUAUAAGUCACAUGAUUUUGUUAUUAAACGGAAAAUAAAGCAAUGUGGCAAAAAAAGACAAAAAAUAAACUCACAAUUAAUAAAAAUUCAUUAAUUUUAUUUAAUUUAAUAAAAAAUAAAGGAUAAAAAACUGAAAAAAAGGAAAACAAAAAUUUUUAAUUAUUAAAAAUUUUCUUAGUUUUUAAGGAUUUAUUUUGUCAAUAUAUUUCAGGGUAUAAGAUUAAUUUUUAAUAUAUUAUCUAUAUACAUAUAUAUAAAUUUCAUUAUAUAAAGUAUAAUAUCAAUUAAAAUAUUAUAUUUAGAAUUACGAAAAAAAAUUAAAGCUUAAUUAACUUAACAACAAAGAUCAAUUUUUUAAAUCAACGCACACAUCACCACGUAUACAAUACAAAGAAAUAUUUCAUUUUGUUUUAAAACAAAAAAAGUAUUUUUCUUAAUAUAACACAAAAAAUUUAAAAGCAAAUACCUGCCUAUAUAAAAUCUAAGUGAAUUAUUUAACAUUUUGUUAACAAACCUAUAAAAAUAUUUUUAAAUGAAAUCCGAAAUUUUCUUUUUAUCAAUAUUUGCACCAAUUAAAAAAUAAAAACUUUUGCAAAUUAUAUAAAAAACAAAAAAAAGAAAGAAACUUUUUUUUUUCGUAAAUAAUUAAUAAAUAAAGUCGCAAAAAUUGACGUCAAAACGGUUCAAAAAAGUAAAAGCAGUAGUUGUUUGACAGCGGGUGUAAAAAUUUGCGCCCGCAAGAUGUCGCUUGUAUUAUGUAACAUGACAACAACAACAAAAGUUACAUCAUCGUCAACAGUCACGAAUACGCAACAUAAUACAAAUACAACUGCAACAACUGUAUUUAAUGGCGUUAAUCAAACAACAGCAACUACUGGUAUCAUACAAAAUAAUUCAAUUGCCAAUUCGAAUACAAAUAUUACAAAUUUAAAUACAAGUAAUAUUACAAAUAUAUUAACAAAUUCGAAUACAAUUCAUAAUUUAAAUACUACGAACGACAAUAAUAAUAAUAUGGACAAUACAAGUGAAGAUUCAAAUAACGUGACUAUUUACAGGUGUCGUGCUCCAAUUGCAUCACUUGAUUGCAUGGAGGAGUUUAGCGGUACUGGAGGACAUCUUGAUUUCGGACGAUCGAUAAGUUUGGGAUCAAAUCCAGCACUACCCUUACGACAUGGAUCUACACCAACACCAGGUCUUCGUUACAAAAAUUUAGGGAAAAGUGGUCUACGAGUUUCAAAUGUGGGCUUAGGAACAUGGCCAGUAUUUUCACCUGGAGUUACGGAAGAACAAUCGGAAGCAAUAUUAAAAUUGGCCAUCGAAAGCGGCAUCAAUUUUUUUGAUAUAUCUGAAGCACAUUCUGAAACUGAGAUUGGUAAACAUUUGCGAAGAUUAGGUUGGAAACGAACCACAUAUGCCAUUACAACUAAAAUAUAUUGGAGCACGAAAUCGGAAGAAAAGGGAUUAUCACGGAAACAUAUAAUUGAAUCAGUUAAAGCUAGUUUAGAACGCUUACAGUUGCCUUAUAUUGAUGUUGUUAUAAUUCAUAAAGCGGAUCCAAUGUGCCCUAUGGAAGAGGUUGUUCGCGCUAUGACUUAUUGUAUACAACAAGGCUGGGCCAUGUAUUGGGGUACGGCGCGUUGGACUCCAGUGGAAAUAAUGGAAGCAUAUACAAAUUGUCGACAAUUCAAUUGUAUAACGCCAAUCGUUGAACAAUCAGAAUAUCAUAUGUUUUGUCGUGAAAAAUGUGAACUAUAUUUGCCUGAAAUGUAUAAUAAAAUAGGUGUGGGUUUGAUGGUCUGGGGUCCGUUAUCAAUGGCAUUAGGUGAUACUCAAAAUGGUGAUAAAAUUCUUUUUCCAAAAGGUUCAUUUAAAACAAAAAGCCAUAGUUAUUCGUGGACAGAAGAUGAAGUCAAUAAGAAUUUAUCUUCAGAAAAAGUUUAUGGUUGGAAAUCUGAUGUUGUAGAUGGUGGGGAUCCACCACGUCGACAUUCAGAUCGAUUAAGGGACUUAGCAUCUUUAGCAGAAAAACUCGGUUGUAGUCCUGUUCAAUUGUCAAUUGCAUGGUCAUUAAAGCACGAGCCAGUACAUUGUUUAUUAUUGGGUGCAACAUCAGCUGACCAAUUACAUCAAAGUUUACAAGCAUUACAGCUUUUACCACGUUUGUCAACAGGAGUAAUGCUUGAACUUGAAAGGAUUUUAGAAAAUAAACCGGUACGGCCACCAAUGAUAUCAACACUGGCACUUCGGUGACAAUCAGCCGGCCCUCAGGGGCCGUCAUCAAUUAGUGGCGGCGCCUGUGGGCCAGAUUCACCAAAAGAUGAUUUAUUCAGCGAAGAUGGUGGUGAUUCUAAAGAUGCCUCCAAACAAGGAUUCUGUUCUAUUCAGUGACAUAAGGAGUCUUUAGAUAAUAAUAAUAAAUUUUUGAAACCGGUUAGUAGUAAAAAUAGCUUUAGUAGUCAAACAACAAUAACGAAUGUUAGUCAUAGACAACAGCAACAAGUUGGAGACACUUAUCAACAACCACAACAACAGUCAAAUCAAGAUUAUCAAAAACAACAACAGUAUUCUACUUCAAAUUUAAAACCUUCAAAUUCUUCUGGCAAUUUAAACAAAUUUUCAAAUAAUAAUGAACGCUUAGAUAGUAUACCCCUUCAAAUAGAUUCUUUUAAUAAUAAUAACAAUAAUAAUAACAAUGGUAACAAUAAUAAUAACAGUAAUAAUAAUAAUAUUAACAACAAUAAUCCAAGUAAUUUACCAAUUAAUCGUUCAACAUUUGAUGCUAAUAAACAGCAAAUUGAAAAAUUUGAUUUUGAUCAAGCCGAAAAUGAUGAUAUUGAACUAAAAUUAAAUAAAAAUCAAUUAAAUAAAAAAUCUAAAAAAUCCUCAAUGAAACGUAAUAUUAGCUUGAUUAAUUUUCGAUCAUUUGAUUUCCAUAUUAAAUCAAUUUACUCAGGUUUAAGAAGAAAAAGCACUAGCAGUCAACGUAAUUCGCCAUCAGAUCCUGAAAAAGGGAUUAUUUGUGAUAGUGGUGUUGGUACUAGUGAAGCCAUAACAAAAACAUCAUCGUCUGGUACAUCAACAUCUAAAUCAAAUAAAAAUGCUGAAUCAAAAUCAAUAACAGAUAGUCAGACAUCGAUUGUGAAUAUGAAACAAUAUCCUCGUAAGAUGCCAUAUGUUAAAGUUGAAACCGUUGAUCAAGAUGAAACUGAAACAUUAUUAUUAACCUAUCCGCAAUCUCCAUACCAAACCAGACGUAGUAGCUAUGAUAAUUAUAUAAGAUCAAGCUCUCAACUGCUCAAUAUACAUACUUUUGAAUCAUCUAGAUCACAGGCUAGCUCACCAUUUCUUUGUCCAAGUCCAAUACCGGGCACUGUUCGUAGAUCGUCAACGUCGGAUAUUAUGACCGGCCCAAAUCGGAGACCUGGUACUCAUUCCGCUAGCAGCAGUCGAAGGCCUUCCACAUCCGAUUUAUUAAGAAGAGCUAGGGAAAGAAAAGGUAGUGAAACUGGUAGUAUGAUGAGCGGACGCAGCAUGUCCCACAGUGGUUUAUCCAGAGGUGCUUAUCGUGGUGGCAGGCGAACUAGCAUGGCUUUCUAGAAACGAUAAAUAUGAUGAAGUAAAUAAUGAAUUCAUUUAGGUACAUAAUUUUUUUAAAACGUCUGUUCAUUAAAGCAACUAAAACAGAUAUGGUGAAUAAUAAUAUAAAUAUGCGAUUUACAAAAUUUCAUCUUCAUUAUUACUUAAGAUUGUCACAAAAUAUAUAUUAAUAUAUUGACAAUUAUUAACUAAGUUGCAUAAAAUUCAGUAAAAUUACAAUUUGGUAAUAAAAUACUCUUUAUGAACAAACUUCAAAUUUUGAACAAUGGAUUUUUAAACAUCUAUGAGAUGUAUUGUAUAAAAAUGGAUUUUUUCUAUAACAGUGAAAUAGUGCAAUGUAAACCUGGCCUCUUAACAAACUUAAUAAUUAAUGUUCAACUAAACGUGACUUUACAAUUCAAAUUUUAUAUUAAAAAAUGUAAACAAAACUAAAGGAACAGCCUUGUAAGUCUCUCUGCUUCUCUGUUAAAUAUUUUCUUAAAUGUUUUUUGUAAUAGAAAUUAUUAAAAAUCAGGGAAAUCUUCUUUAGUUAAUUGUUAGCAAACCACGAUCAACAAAACUUCGGUUCUAGUGGUAUUGCUACCACAACAAGAUAAUAUUGAAAAUUAUUUAAUAUAAUACUAAAGAAAUUUGUAAACUUACUUUUUGGUAUCCUACCAAAUUUUCUUGUAACAAACUACAUAUAUGUAUAAUAUACUUAUAAAAAAGUCUAUUAUACUUUCUUUAACUGUAUUUUAAAUAAUAUAGAAACGAAAAAUUAUGUGCGUAAAAUAUGAAUUUUUCUAUCUUAUUUCAAGAGAAGAACAAAAUCAUUAACUACUUCAUCUAUCAAUAUUUUAAUAUAGUCUUCAAUAUAUUCAUAAAAUAAAAUGGUUAUACUCCACAGUCGACAUAAUAAAAUAAAAACCCAUCACAGCUUUCGAAAAGUUCCAAAUUUUUCAAUUUAGUACUUUAGAUUUGCAGUAAUCAUUAUUUCUAAUAAAAUUUUAAUUUAGGAAGUUUUCUCAUAAAUAGUUGUGAAAGUAUGGCAAUUCUUAUACUUCUUAUUUAUUAAUUAAGUUUAUUAAAUUCUAAAAUUUUAUUUAUAAUCAGAUUUACUAUUUUACAUAUUAGUAAAGUUAAUGGGAUAUCCGUAAAUGUAAAAUGACUGACAUCCGAAAACCUUAUAGCGAAAUCACAAAAUAAUUACUACGAAAUUCAAUUAAAUUAGUGCUAUUCGUUAAAUCGUAUUAUAAUAUACAAUUUUAUUGAAAUGUGGAUAUCAAAGACAGUAUAAGAAUUUUAAGAAGAUUAUUGGUCCAUCAAAUUGUGGCCAAGUUAAAUAAAGGAUCCACAAAUAUGAUAUUACGAAUUUUUCAUUGAUUUUAUUAUUAAUUAUUAAGAAAUUUCUAAUUAAUUAUUCAAUAUUUUAAAUACAAUUAAAAAGGGUUUUACAAUUAAUUUUAUUUUAUUACAAUUACCAACUUAUAAUUUAUUUCAAAAUUAAAUAACCAUUAAUAUUGUGAAAAAAUUUUGUCUUAAUUAUGUUCUUCGAAUUACGUUACAUUGCAAAUUUUUUUUACGAUUCGUUUUAUGAAUAUUCUCGCCUCACCAAGCUAUGUCCUCUAUCAAACUAUAAAAGGAAACUUACAUAUUCUUUAUGUAAAAUAUUGUGUAUUGCAUCAAAUAUUUUAAAUUUUUUUUAAUGAAAAUAAAUUAUUGCGUCCGCUACUAACUUUUAUAGUUAAUUGAAAUUGCUCUUGGAAUAUUUUUAAUAUUGUAAAAUACUUGAUUAAGUUUAAACUCCUACACUUUAACAAUUAUAAUCAUAACAUAACAUUUUUGUUUUUAAAUUGGAUUUAAAUUAUGUAUAUAUAUAUUUUUAAGACAAUUACAUAUACACUACUUGAAAUCGACUUCAGUUUGACAUUAACGACUAUUUGAAGAAAAUGAGAUUUAAGAAGAAUUUCCACUUCUAUUUUUAGUUUUCUUUUUUUAUUCUCAUGUUGGGUUAUAAAGUUUUACGAGUACAUUCCUUUCUCCAAAUGAAUUCCGUUCCAAAGAAUUUUUAAAGUUUUUAUACGAGUUUCUAUUUGCUUUAAUUUCUUGAAUUUAUUCCGUCUACUUUUUUUUAAAUAUAGAGUUCAUUAAAAACAUUUAACAUCGCUUUUGUUUCCGCUUUUUCAAUCUGCUAAUGUUGAUUUUUAAGCCCAACCAAUAUCUUAUAAGAUAUUUAUAUAAGCUCGAAAUAAACUUGAAGUCGCAAAACUCAAUUCUUAAAGAAGUUAUGAAAACAAACAAGAAUAUUAUAUAAAAUUUUCGAACAAAACAAAUCGCUCUUUUUUGCUUUUUAUAAAUCAAAUAUUUUAAAUUAGAACAUUUUACAGCUUUUGUUUUCAUAAAAAUGGCUUAUCUUUAUAUUUCUAUGGUAUAACUACUCCUUGAAUUUUACUUCAAAAGAUCUUACAUUUCAUUCAAAGUCCUAUUUUGAAUAUAAUUUUAAUACAAGUUUAAUUUUUAAUAUAAUAAAAACCAAACAAAAUUAUUACAAUAAUAUUCUGCCAAUUUUUUUUAUUAAUCAAAAAUGCCUUAAUUCUGUUUAUUAAACUUUUAGAAUUGUACUACGUUAUAUACUUCCGGUUUUUUAUUGUACUGCUUUAAAUAAUCCACAGUUACUUUAAAAAAAAAACACUUAAUAUGGUAUAACAGUAAAAACAUACAAAUUAAAAAAACACAACGGAAAAUUACAUUAAAAAAUUCUUUAAAAAACAAAAAAAAAAGAAAACAAAAAUAGUUCCCAACCGGAAUCGAAAAUCAAUCAAGACCAAAAUGUAUUUAAAUAAAAAGAAAAAAAAAUUUCUAAAAAUCAUUUUAUCAUUAAAUUAAAAUAAACGUACCUUAAAAUAAAAAAUAAUAUUAAUUAAAAAAAAAUUACAAAAUAUUUAAAAAGAAAAUCAAAUCUUAAAAAUUUGCUUUGUUUUAUCAAAUUCAAUGCGAUUAAUUUAGAAAAAAAAUUAUAAAAUAUUAAAAUAGAAAAUUUGUUUAUAUAUAAAUAGAAAAUAUUAUAUAAUUAUAUAAUAAUCAUGAAAUAAAAAUAAGAAAAAGUUAAUAAAGAUAAUAAAACGUAAAAAAAAAAAUUUUAAAUUAAAAUUUUCUUAAAACAUACAGCAACAAACAAAAAAAAAAAAUUCUCAAUAAAUAACGCUUUAAUUUUUUUUAUAAUUAAAUUAUUAUUACUAUUAAUAGUGGAAUUAAAUUAAAAAUUAUUAAAAAAAAAAUAAAACGAAAUAUACAAUAUAGAAACUUAGAACAAUAUCUAAAUUAAUUUAAUAAUAAAUGAAAAAUUAUUUAAUAUUCGAGUAAUUUAAAAAGUAUUUGAGGCAUUCUUAAAACAAAGUAAAACAAAAAAAUGUUAAAAUAAUCUAUAAAUCAUUUUAUUUACACAAUAAUUAAAAUUAUAAAAAUUAAAAGUAUUAAUUAUUAUGAAAAUUUUUAAUUGAAAGAUUAAAAAAUUAAAAUGUAAAGAGAUAAACUUAUUGGUUUCUAUAAAGUGUCGCAAAUUUAGAAAUAAAAUUUUUAAUUCAAAGCUGACAAAAAUUAUUAUAUAACUAAUAUUUCAAAAUCAAUCAAGUUUUUGAUAAUUUUAUUAUAAUACUAAUUGUAAUAUGUAUGUACUUAAUUAAAAUUUUAAUCUAAAUUAGUUCAAAUUUAAAAUGCCAAUACUUUUUUCCUUUUUUUUUUAUCAUCAUAUUUACAUUUCUUUUAUAAUUUUGAUAACGUUAAAAAAAUAUAAAAAAAAAAUUAAAAAUUUUGAAUAUAUAUUUAUAAAAAUUUUAUAAUAAUUAUUGAGCUAUAGUGAAUUGAUGUACUAUUUUAAAAUUUCAUUCUACUCGUAUAUUAUGUAAGCUCGCAUUAGUAACUUGCUCUCACCUAAUUUACUUUUUUAAACAUGCUGUUGCUAAUUUCAAUCAAGCUUGAACUUUAGACGUAAACUUAAAUGUUCACAGCAAAUAUGAGGCGAAUAUCUUAGCUUUUAAGCAUUGACACUUUUUGAAAUGUGUCUUGGACUAAAGGUUUUGGUAUAUAUACUAUUUUUAGCAUGCUGACAUCUUUUUACUUAAUUCCAUCUUCUCUAAAAAUACAAGAAAAAAAUUUAAGAGCUUGAAAAAAAAAAAUAAAUACAUUGUAAUAUGUAAAACGAAGAAUGAAAAAAGCAAUUUAAAAAAGUUCUGAAACAAUCUGAAAAGUGCUUAUUAGCUUCACUCUUUUAAGGUUUCGUCCGUCAAUCAAGGCUUUUGUUUACAUAAGUCCUAUACACACCAAAAUAGAUGACUAAAUUUUAUAUAUAAAUAAAUCUUUGCCACAAAAUUAUUUCUUUAGAAGAAAAUGGUUAACAACUUCCCCGUCUCUAAAUGCAUUGACCGUUUAAUGUCAUAAUUUGGUAAAGUUUUUUAACACUUAAUUAAAAAAUAUUGCUUUUAGUUUUACUUUAUAAAGUGUUAAUUUGACUUGGAUUUAUUUAAUAAUCUGUUGUUUAAUAAUAGCCCUAAAUAUUGUUUGAUUACUAAACGACAAUUUGUUUUUCAAAAAAAGUGGAGAAGAGUAUUUUAUAAAUGAACUGUUUUUAAUAAAGAACAACAAUAUGAAAUAUAAAUAUCAAGUUUAUGAGAUAGUUUCUUAAAUUUUUACCUAUUUUCUUUUCUUUAGAAAACAAUUUUCAGCCUUUAGUACAAAUUAAUUAAAAUAAGACUAUUUACUAAAUACAUACAUAUUUCAUUUUCUUCUUUAAUUUAUAGUAAAAUUAUUUUUAAAAAUAUUUAUGAAAAAACUUUGUAAUUAAUUAUCUUUUGAUUAUUAUAAUAAAUUAAAUAAAUAGAAAUCAUAAAAAGCCGAGUGAUAAAAAAGUAGUUAAACAAUUAAUUAUAAUAUUUAUUAUAGCUAAAUUAUAAAUUAAAUUUCCUUAUAGAAGAGAAAAAUAAUUGAAAAUAAAUAAAUAAAUAAAAAUAUUAAAUAUUAAAAACUUUAAAAAUUUUAAAUUAUUUUAGAUUACAUUAUAAAAAUUAUUAUAAUUAUUACCAUAGUUUAUUACUUAAGAAUUGAUCGUAUUUAAUUUUUUUGGAUUCAAUAUAAAUUAAAAUAAAUGGAAAUAAUAUACUUUUCAAACUUAAUUAAAAAAAAAAAUUUAACUUGAAAAUAAAGAAUACGAAAAAAAUCAACAAAGUCAAUAAAUAUAAAAUAAAGGCCGAAAGUGCAUCUUUUCAAUUAAAUGAGGAAUGAAUUUUUUGUUUGUAAAAAAUAAAUAUUUGACAAAUUAUAAAAAAUAAAUGAAAAAUUAUUAAAAAUUAAUACAUAAUUAGAUUCCCUAUGAAAGUCCUGUAAAUGCAGAUUAAAAUUUAGCAUUAAUAAAAAAAAAAUAGUUGCAUACUUAUACUAAAAAUUUGAUUCAAAUCAUUUCAAAAGUAAAGUAAAUGCUUCAAAUAUUGAAAAACGGAAAAUUACAUGUAACAUGAAUUUUGUGAAAAUUCACAAAAGAACAAAACGAGUAUUAAAGUAUAAAAUUUAAAAGAACUUGAUGUUAACCAAACUUAUGAAGAAAAAAGCAUAAAUUUUGUCCAUUGAGUUAUUAAACCUGGAUGAUCUCACUGCCAUAAUUCACUUUUUACCAUAUUUGGAGUUCUACAUAUAAAAAUUCUAUUAAAUUAGAGCUAUUCAACUCCAAAAUUUUUCUUGGGAUUAAUUUCAGCUGUCUAUCCUUCUCAUCAAGCAAUAUGUAUCUUAUAUACGUUCUAUUUAUGAAUUAUCACAUGAGAAAUGUAUCACAAUAUUAAUUCUGAACCAUAUAGUUAAACUCGUAACGAUUUGUUUCACGACAUAAAAACGAUCUUGAAUAAUUGUUGAUUAGGCCAGUAUUGCUCUCGUCCGUUCAAAUAUCAUUGGGUAUUGCAUUUAUAAAAAUUUCAACCUUAUAAAUAAACACAUUAUAUAUUUAUCUCUUGUUAUAUUGUAGCUUUUGACUGAUUUCAAGAAAAUUCUUCUCCAUUAAAUUUUCUUGAAGUGAAUAAUAAAUUUUGUAUAUUAUUUUAAAAUUGCCAUAACACAGUGAAUCUUCCAGAUCAAAUAUACGCAAAUUUCUUUAACUUUUGUCAAUUAUUGCAAUAUAAUGUACGUUACAUAAGUAUAAUUGACAUAUUUGAGGUUGCCCUUCUGCUUUUUAUCGUAUUAUUUCUUUAUUUGCUUAAAAUACAAAUUCCAAUAAAGAGUUGCUCUAAUAUAUUUUAUCAUCAAAGGCAUUUAUUUUCUUUAAUUUGGCUUUUAUUAAUUAAUCUAGCAUUGUUUUUUUCUGAUCCUUUUUAUGGUUCAUUUCGAAAUUGCAGUUUUAAAAUAAUUUUUCGCUUAUCGUCCUAUUACGGCAAAAAAAUUUAAGGUUUCUGAGUUUUCUAAACGCUUUCUAAGUGAUGAGAAGAAUCAAAUUCCAUAUUCAAAAAAAAUUUUGGUUCCACUUGAAUUUAAUUUUUAAAUGUUUGUAUACUUGAUUGAUUUCAACAUUUUUUUUUUAAUAGCAAAAUUUAGUCCUGUUAUUUUAAAUUGAUAUAUGUACAUAUUAAAAUUUAUGCUUUAAAUUUGUAAUUUUUAUAUAAUUAAAAAUCAUUUCUAAUUAUUAAACAUUUGACAUAUAAUUAACGUAUGUAUAUACAUAUCCUGCUAGUAUAAAAUAAGAGCUUAUACCUAUAUUUAUACGUGCAGAAAUCUUAAGACAACUAUAAUGUUAUAAGAUAUAAAGAUGACUAAGCUUUAAUUUGUACAAAAUAAAAAGCGAUUGUUGAAAUUAUUUCUAUUAUAUUUCUUAUAUUAAAUGUGUACUUAAAUAAUAUUGUGAAUCGUCACUUUUAUAAUUACCAAUACGUUACUAUAAAUUAUAAUGGGUUUUUACUAAUUAGUGCAAAAUUUAUCAAAGCAAAUACGUGCCGUCAUAUACUUGCAUUUUAUUUUACUUCUGAUUAUUUUAUUUUCUUACAAACUUUUAUUUAUUAACUAAUUCUUUUAAAGAUUCUAAAUAAAUUUGUGUCAAAGAAUUUUCGUUUUAUAUGUCGAACAUCGUUUAUGUUUUCAACAAAUACGAUAUUAAAAUUUUUACAUCGGACAAAGUUUUACGAAAGAUAAAACAAAAUUAAUAAAAUUAUUCUUUCUCAUUUUAAAUAAAGUUAAAAAAAAACUGGUUGAUUUAUAAUUUCAUAAAUUCUGUAAGACAUACAUAUAAUAUGUACACUGCCUAGAGCAAAUAAACGAUAUGUCUGUCCUCUUAGUCUAUAUUUUAUUUUACUUUAUAUUGCAAAUUCUUAUUUUCAUUUCUUAUAAUUAAAAAUAUCGUUAAAACUUUUAACUUUCCGUCCUUUUAUCUAAAAUAAAAUUUUAGCACUAGUAAUAUAAUAGUUUUAUAAAUUAUAAGCUUACAAUGUUUAUCAUAUAGAUUCAAAGUUCUCAAGUUAUAUAUACAUAUAAAAUUUGUUACUUACUUAUACAGUUAACUUACAAUCAGUAUAACAAAAACAAAUAUAAUAAUAUUAAAAAAUUUAGCUUAGUUAAUUGUACAUUAAAACACAAAUUUUACUAAUGAAUAAAAAUAAAUAAAAAAUAAAAUAUUUUUAUUAAAAUUUAAUUUUCAAUUCAAAAUUUCAAGGCUAUGAACUCUUAUAUAUAUUUGUGGUUCCAUUUCAAAUUUUUAUUUAACAACUUCAUAAAAUUCAAAUGAAGAACAUGUCUGCCUUUUAUAAUGGUUUAAAAUUACUUAUACCAUAUUAUUCGCAAGUAUUGAAAACAACAAAUAAACAAAUAAUAGUCAGCUUUUCAGUGUUAAACAAGUUACAACGGUAAUGGACCGCAACUGCGGUAAUCAAUAAAAUUUUAAACGGUUCGACUCGAAAGUCGUGAAAAGUCACAAUAUCGUAGAAAUCGAAAAUUUGCAAUCGACUUAAGUUAUAAAGAUCAUAAUGUAAAAAAAAAUCUUUACUGAGAAAGUGCCGAUUAGCUGUUAAAUUAGAAAUAUUUUUUAGUUUUUUAGUUUUUCAUAUACACAAUAUGAUAUAUUGCAUCGUAAAUAUUAUCAUAUUUUUACGACAUUUAAAGUGAAUACAAAUUUUUUAUCGCCCCAAUAACUCUUUUCGAUUUCAAAGUACUUUUAUCUAAGCUCAUUUAUCAUAUUGCCAAUUGAAUUUCGAAUUGGUGACAAAUUCUCUUCGCUAUUUUUACAUUACUUUUAAAGAAAUAAUUUUCUUUAUAACUGCGAUUUAUAUUAUUGAUUAUUUUUCUCGAAAUAUAUACAUAUAAUUGUUUUGUAUAUAAAGCUGUUUUGAAAUUUUAAACCAAACAUUUAAAACAUUUUACUUAAUUUUUUUUUUUUAAAACUUUUUGUGUUUUGAAAACUUUAAUCGAGUUGCAAAUCACAAAUAACAGUAGAACAAAAAUUAAGGAUUUCAAAUUUAAAUCAAUUCAUAUUGGAUCUUCUUGAGUUCAAAAUACAAAUUUCAAAUUCAAAAUGUGAUACGCAGUGUUGCGUACUAAAAAUUCUAAGAGUAGAACGUACAAAUUCCAAUAUUAUCCGCUAUAUUAAUAUACAUAUAGCAAAUUUUAUUGUAUUUAUCUAUUAUAUUUUUUAUAUUUAGUUAUUCGCUAAGUUACUAUAUUUACUAAUAUUAGUUUAUAUUGUAUUCAUUUUCGUUUUAAAAUGCUAUUUACGUACAUGAAAUUUAUUCAGAAAAAUAUAAAAUAUUUAAAAUAUGUGUUGUUUAUGAAUUACUUUAUAAAUCUCAUUUUGGAUUUUACUAGGAACAGUCUGCAGAAUACGAUCGCAAUGGGAUUUAAACUCUUCACAUCAAACCAUCAAAUUUUUAUUAUAUUAAUCAUAUUGGAAAAUAACCUAUUAAAUUUUUUUCUUAACUUAUUUAAUUCGUAUUUUCGUUUGAACUUUUUUAAAUGCUUUCAAUAAAAAAAACUUUCAAUUUCAAACCUUUUUCAAAUAAUUUUAAGUCUCAAAAAGAACGUAUAACAUUUGAAAUUUAUAACCUAUUAUGUAUUUUUAUGUUUCACUGUCUUCCAAUUAUUAUCGAAAUAUUCUAUAUUAACUAAAAUAUUGUUAAAAAAGGUAAACUUAUGAAAUCAAAUCAUAUAAAAUGAAAUUCAUUUAAACUGUUGUCUGCUUAAUUUUAAUAAAAUUAAAAAAAAAAAAACAAAUAAAUGCGCUUUAGAACUGUUUGUAUCCUAAAUAUUGUUUUAUUAUAUACAAAAAUUUUAUGUUAAACUACGAAGCUAUUUUCAAAAAUAUCUACUAACAUUAAAAACAAAAAAGAAGUAUUUGACAAAAAAAAUAAUAAUAUAAAAUACACAUAAUAAUAUAAAAAGAACAAAAAAAAUUGUAAAAUAUAAAAAUACAAAAAAAUUAUUAUGAAAUUUAUAGUUUUGCUAAAUUAACAUUCAUAAAUUUAGAAGAAAAAAUGUUAAAAAGUAUUUAAUAUAAAUUACCUAUUAAAAAAUUUAAAACGUAAAAUCGAAAAAAAAGCAAAAAAAAAACAAUUUUAAUUAAAUUUCAAUGAAAUUAUAAUAAUAAAAUAUAAAUUCAAAAAUAAACUACAAAAUAAACUCGAAAUUAAUAUUAUAAAUUAGAAAAAAAAACGUAAUUAUUUCAUUUACAUUUCAAAAAUAAUUUUUUGAUUUUGAAUUUCGAAAACUUAAAUUAAUAAUGAAAAGCAAAUGAAUUAUAACUAUGAGUUUGGAUUCUAACAUCUCCAACACAUACAUAUAUACAUAAUUAGAAGAUAAAAAAUAUAUAAGUACAUUAUAUAAAUCAAGUAAAAAAUGUUGAAAAAUUUAUUAUAAAAAAAAAAUCUUUGAAUUAAAAAAUAUACAUAAAAUAUACACAAAAUAUUGCUAAAUAAGAAAAAAAUAUAUAUAUGUAUACAUAUAUGUAUAUAUAUAUAUGUAAAA